AUGGAAUUCAUUGAGAAUCCCUGCCUACCCGCCUGGAAUACAAGCUGCUCUCCUAUCUCUCAUUUGAAUUACAUCAACAUAUUGUUGUUUUUGUAUAUGUCUGUAAUGUCUGUGUUGACAGUGUGUGGAAAUCUACUUGUAAUUGUGUGUAUUGUCCUUUUUAAACAGCUGCACACGCCGGCCAACCUCAUCACCCUCUCUCUGGCCGUGUCUGACUUCUUGGUGGGAAUGUGCGUGAUGCCCGUGGAAAGCUUUAGGAGCAUUAAUCCUUGUUUUCAAAUGAAAAAGAUCCAAUGUCAUAUUUUUCAUACCGUCAUGUCUUUUCUUGGAUCUGCGUCCCUCAUCAACAUCCUGCUUGUGGCUAUUGAUCGUUAUUUAGCUGUGUGUAAUCCACUUCAGUAUGUGUCUAAAAUGACCAAUAGAAAGACACUGGUCUGUAUAACCUUCACAUGGAUUGUGUCCAUUUGCUAUAAUGUUGUGAUUUUGGAUUUCAAUUCAGUCCAGCCAGGAGCAACUGUGAUCUGUCUACGGGAGUGUGCGGUAGCUGUGAGCGAGUCCCGGGGGUUCUCUGAUGUGAUGAUUACCUUUAUUUCUCCAUGUAUAGUGAUAGUAAUUAUGUAUGUAAAAAUUCUCUCAGUGGCUUUAAGGCAUGCAAAAUCAGUUUCCAACACAGAAAAACACAGGGUUUCUCAGAUGAAUUGUAAGCCAUCUAGGAAAUCAGAGAUGAAGGCAACUAAAACACUUGCCUCAGUUGUGUUUCUGUAUUUAAUUUGCUGGGUUCCCUGGUGCAUAAUCUUACUUAAUUUGAAACAUUUCCAAAACUCAUCCGUGAGCCUUUCUGCUUUACUUUGUUUAUUUUACACUAAUUCAUGCCUCAACCCCUUUAUAUAUGCAAUAUCUUACCCCUGGUUCAAAAGGUCAGUAAAACUUAUGGUCACAUUCAAAAUAUUGCAGACAGCAAGUAAGCACUUUAACUUGUUUUCUGAAGACUAUUGA